UAUUGUAUUUUUCCCCCUCAAGGGCGGCACUUCCGCCAUAAGAACGUAACAUCCGGUUGUGCAGCAGCCAUUUUGUCUGUUCGGGCACGUCUACUCUGACAUUCGAAAAACUGGCGUUCCACCUUACAAAAACACUCGAAUAUACUCACCAUGCCUUUAUUUAAACUUUAUACUUGCGUCUAAAAAUAUAUUAACAUCCCAAACGCGCCUACGAGGAAAGGCAGACUUUUCGCGAUAAACGCCCUGGCGUUGUAGCGGGCGACAGGGUCCAGCACCAUGUCGUGCAAGGAAAGCUACUUAGCUAUCUUUCGCUACCUGACGGACGAGCGGGAACCGUACGCGCCGGGCACGCCAGGCAACACCAAGCGCAAGAUCCGCAAAGCGGCGGCCUGCUACGUGGUCCGCGGCGGCACCCUGUACUACCAGCGGCGACUCAAGGGCCAGGACGUGUUCACCGAGCUGGAGGUGGUCCUGCGGGACGAGCGCAGGAAGGAACUGAUCGAGCAGACGCACGUCCUCGAAGGAGGAGAGCAUCUCAACCAGCAGCUCACCUGGGAGAGCAUCUCGCGGAAGUAUUGGUGGAGAGGUAUCCUGAAGCAAGUGAAGGAUCACAUCCGCGAGUGCACCACCUGCACCGUUCGCCGUGGCGCGGAUGACAGCCCCGGGGGCGGGCGCGCAAACAGUCGGGCGAGGAAGCGCAAGACGGGCGACGAAGACGAUGACGACGAGGAGGAUGAAGAGGAGGAAGAGGGGGAGGUGGGAGAAGAAAUGGAUGAUAGUCUCUUCCACACAGACCUGUCUAGUCGGAGCAGAUCCAAGGUGGCAAAGACAGAUAAGCAUGAGCUAGUUUAUGUGAACAGCAAAGGUGAAGUGAACCAGUUCCUUUCCAAUCACAGCCAGACGGUGCUGGAGAAACUCAACCAUCAGCGCAUCACCAAUCAGUUCUGCGACAUCACACUGCUGAUCGAGGGCGAGGAGUAUCGGGCGCACAAGGCGGUGUUGGCGGCGUGCAGCGAGUACUUCAACGAGCUCUUCUUCGAGAAGGGCGCCGCGUCCACGCACGAGGCCGUGGUCGACCUUGCCGGGUUCACGAAAGACAGCUUCCUGCCUCUUCUGGACUUCUCCUACACAUCUAUGCUGACGUUCAACUUCAGCGUCAUGGCGGAGAUCGCCAACCUGGCGCGCCACUUGCUGAUGCCCGAGGUGCUGCAAAUCUGCGAGUCGGUGCACAAGCAGGUGGAGGAGCAGAGGCUUGUGGUGUACCAGCACGAGGACAGCCGCCCCGUUGUCGCCGCACAAGUGGCGGAGUCCGCCCCCGACGAGGCGGGCUCCUACACGGUCACCAUACAAAGCGACGGCAGCGCGGUGGUCACCCACACCGGGCUCCCCGUGGCGGGGGAGUCUUUUGCCAUCGUGGCGCCCGCGGGCAGCGAGCAGCCGGUAGCGGUCACGGCCGAGGGGGUGGAGAGCGGCGAGACCCUGACGCUGAUCGCGCACCAGGCGGCCCUUCUUGGCGCGGAGGGGGAGACCAUGACGGUGGUCACCCACAGCGGGCAGGCGGGCGCCACCGAGUCCCUGGCGGUGGUGUCGGCCUGCCUGGCUAUCGAGCAGCCGGACGGGGCUGAGACUUUUCUUUUAGACAUGGAGGCGGGACAAGAGAAGGCCGCCGAAGUUAAUAUGGUCCCCGCGGUCGAGCUUCAGACGCCAGCGGCCACCGAAGCACCCGAGCCGGCCGCCGAUGCGCCCCAGCCUGCCCCCGAGCCUCUCGUCGCACCCGCCCCAAAACGGAAACGCGGGCGGCCGCCCAAGGUGAAGAAGGACGUGCCGAUGGAGGAGGUUACGCCGCCGCCGGAGGACGGCGAGGAAGAGGUCGAACCGUCGGCUGAGGACGACAAGCACGAAACGUCGAGCGACCCAAAUCAAAGGCGACUGCGGCAGCGCUCCAUCGGCGAGGGCGGCUACGCCCGCCUCCACAUGGGCCUCGACGACGACGACGACGAGGGCAAGAGCGCCGCCGCGGCCCCUCGUGCCACCCCCACCCCGAAGGUGGGUCCGAGGCCCGGGAAGAGGGGGCGGCCUCCCAAGCAGCUCGAGGAGAACCCCGUGGGAGGGGAAGCCGAGUCGGCCCAAGAUCAGGAAGCACACGCCGCGGAGGCCGAAGACGCUUGCUCGACCGAGGCCGCCGCCGCUGUUGCGCCGGUGGCGGCUGACCCGGAAGCGGGUAACGAGGUCCCGGCCGAGGGCGGCGCGGAGGGAGGACACACGUGCGCCGAGUGCGGCAUGUCCUUCCCACGCCGCUACGCGCUCAUCAUGCACACCAUGAAGCAUGACAAAAGUCGCGGAUACAAGUGCAGCCUGUGCAGCAAAGACUUCCAGUACGCCGCCUCUCUGCGCGCCCACCUGGCCCGCCACAAGCAGCAGAGCGUCCAGCGGGCCCCCGCCGCCAAGUCGGCGUCCGCAUCCUCCUCAUCCUCGCACCCCGUCGAGGGCGGCCAGGACUCCAAGACGACGACGUGGCCUCACACCAAGCGCGAGUUUGUGUGCGACAUCUGCGGCAAGACGCUGCCCAAGCUCUACUCUUUGCGCAUCCACAUGCUGCACCACACGGGCGUGCGGCCGCACGCGUGCAAGGUGUGCGGCAAAACCUUCGCCCACAAGCACGGCCUCAAGAUGCACCGCGCCCUGCACGACGUCACCAAGCAGUUCCAGUGUCAGUAUUGUCACAAGUCCUUCGUCAGCAAGCGCAGCAUGGAGGAGCACACCAGCCUGCACACCGGCGAAUCCAAGUACCUGUGCAACACGUGCGGGGCGACGUUCCACCGAGCCUCGGCCUUGAGCAAGCACCUGAAGAAGCACAGACCCAAGCCGGAAGUGCGCGCCUUUGCUUGUUCUCACUGCGACAAGCGCUUCUACGAGGCCAAAGACCUGCAGCAGCACAUGAACAAGCACAUGGGCCUCAAGCCCUUCCAGUGUCAGAUGUGCGGCAAGUGCUACAGCUGGAAGAAGGACUGGUACUCGCACGUCAAGUCGCACAGUGUGGCCGAACCUUUCAAGUGCAACGUGUGCGGCAAGGAGUUCUUCGAGAAGGCGCUGUUCCGGCGCCACGUGAAGAAGGCCACGCACGGCAAGAAGGGUCGCGUUAAGCAGAAUCUGGAGCGAGAGUGCGAGCACUGCGGCAGGAAGUUCACGCAGCUCCGAGAGUACAGGAGGCACAUCAACAACCACCAAGGCGUGAAGCCGUUUGAGUGCGUGACGUGCGGCGUGGCGUGGGCCGACGCCCGCUCCCUGAAGCGCCACGUGCGCACGCACACGGGCGAGCGCCCCUACGUCUGCCCCAACUGCAACGAGGCGCACAUCGACGCCCGCACCCUCCGCAAGCACAUGUCCAAGUACCACGCCGACAGCCUGCCGGGUAAGAUCAUGCUGGAGAAGGACACGCUGCAGUUCCACAACCAGGGCACGCAGGUGGAGCACGCCGUCAGCAUCCUGGCGGCCGACCUGCCGCCCGAGCUGCGGCUGGCGCAGGCGGCCGACCCGGCCGCCGCCUCCUCGACCGAGGAGAUUGAGACGGUGCUCAUUACCGAGGAGACGGUGGAGGCGGUGCAGGCCGUGCAGGCUGCGGAGGCCGCCGACGGCUCGAUGGCCACGCUGACCGACCGGGGCAUCAUGCAGGUGGUCAACUACGUGCUGGCGCAGCAGGCCAUGACGGGCGUCCGGCUGGAGGAGGCGCCCGACGCCAUUCAGACCAUGGAGGUGGAGGUGACAGAGGUGGAGUAGAUGUAUUUAUAUAAUCCCGGACGAUCUUCUUAUGUAGCCCGCGCCGCCUUUUCUAUUUUAAACAUGUCAAUAGCUUUGGACAAAAUGGGGGGAGGGGGGGAUCUGUUUUUGGGACCCUUUCAUGCUCACCCCGCUCUCUGGUCUUGAUUCCAUCAUGAGAUAAUUAAAAAAAAGUACUGCUUUAUCACUCCUGUUAUCCAUCCAUCCAUUUUCCGAUCCGCUUAUCCUCCAAGGGUUGCGGGGAGGCGCGUGGGGCGUGCAAUCGCCACAGAGGAAUCAAACACGGUACCUCUGCACUGCGAGGUAGACGUGCGAGCCAGUUGGGGCUGCCAUUUUUUGCUCUCGUGUUCGUCAAUUACUUUCCACGCUCACAGGACAAUAAAUUAAAUAAACUUGUCAUCCUGCCGUACAUCAUCAAACUAAAAUGAAAUAAAUUCGUGAUGACAAUUGGUUUAAAAUUUUUUUUUUUAAUCUAAUAAAAAAAGACAGCAGAGUAGUCAAGAAGAGUGGAUAUUUAUUUUGCAUUUAUAUAUCAAAAUAGCCUCAACAUAUUUACAGUGAAAAAUUGUACAAAAAAAAGGAAAACGUGCCUGUUUUUUUUUUUUUUGGUCUAUUUCCAACUUUUGACGUUGCUUUAUUUCCUGAUCACAAAACUAUACAACAUGUACAUACAUUAAUCCCACGUAAUAAUCCUCAACCAAAUACAAAUUAGGAGUGGGUAACACUUAAA